AUGCCCACGACCCCCUCCCACAAAGCAGCUGCCUGUUCCAAGUGCAAAGGGCCCCUGGAGGAUGCAGUGACCGCCGCCUGCGGACACACCUUCUGCCGGCUGUGCCUUCCUCCGCCCUCCCAGAUGGGGGCCCAGCCCUCCGGCAGGGUCCUUCUCUGUGCCCUCUGCGAGGAGAAGGAGCCGAGCGAGACCCUCCUGGUCCCCGUGCCCUUGGGCCCUCUCGGGGAGACUUACUGCGAGGAGCAUGGCGAGAAGAUCUACUUCUUCUGCGAGAAUGACGCCGAGUUCCUCUGCGUGUUCUGCCGGGAGGGUCCCUCCCACCAAGCCCACGUCGUGGGCUUCCUGGACGAGGCCAUCCAGCCUUACCGGGAUCGUCUCAGGAGUCGGCUGGAAGCUCUGAGCACAGAGAGAGAUGAGAUUGACAACAUGAAGAGCAGGGAAGCCCAGAAGCUCCAAGUGCUCCUGGCUCAGAUUGAAAGCAAGAAGCAGCAGGUGGAAGCGGCUUUUGAGAGGCUGCAGCAGGAGCUGGGGAAACAGCAGCACCUCCUGAUGGCCAGGCUGACGGAGCUGGAGCGGCAGAUAUGGAAGGAGAGGGACGAGUAUCUCUCCAAACUCUCUGAGGAAGUGGCCCGGCUGGGAGCCCAGGUCAAGGAGCUGGAGGAGAAGUGUCAGCAGCCAGCAAGUGAGCUUCUGCAAGAUGUCAGAGUCAACCAGAGCAGGUGUGAGAUGAAGACUUUUGUGAGUCCAGAAGCCAUUUCUCCUGACCUUGUCAAAAAGAUCCGCGAUCUCCACAGGAAAAUACUCACCCUCCCAGAGAUGAUGAGGGCGUUCUCUGAAAAUCUGGUGCAUCAUCUGGAAACAGAAUCAGAGGUCGUCACUCUGGACCCUCAGACCGCCAGCCGGAGCCUGGUCCUCUCCGAGGAUAGGAAGUCUGUGAGGUACACCCGGCAGAAGCAGAACCUGCCGGACAGCCCCCUGCGCUUCGAGGGUCUCCCGGUGGUGCUGGGGUCCCCUGGCUUCUCCUCAGGGCGCCAUCUCUGGCAGGUGGAGGUGCAGCUGGGGGACGGCGGCGGAUGCACGGUGGGGGUGGUCGGGGAGGAGGUGAGAAGGAAGGGGGAUCAGGGCCUGAGCGCCGAGGAGGGCGUCUGGGCGGUGGUCCUCUCCCACCAGCAGUGCUGGGCCAGCACCUCGCCGGCGACCGACCUGCCGCUGAGCGACAUCCCGCGCCACGUGGGCGUCGCCCUGGACUACGAGGCGGGGCGCGUGGCCCUGCUGGACGCCGACACCCAGGCGCCCAUCUUCACCUUCACCGCCUCCUUCUCCGGCAAAGUCUUUCCCUUCUUCGCUGUCUGGAAAAAGGGUUCCUGCCUUACCUUGAAAGGCUGA